AUGCCACCGAAAGCCAAAGAGAAGAAAGGCGCAGGAGCAAAUGACCCUCUGUCAGACAAAGAUCAACUAGCAAAGGCACUCCAGGACGUCGAGCUGCUGACCAAAGAACUGGAAAUCAGAAAUGCGACAAACGCAACCUUGAAGGCAGACUUGUCAGAUUCAAAGAAACGGAUUGUAUCGUUGGAAGAGCAAGUCGAGCUUAAAAAUCAAGAUCGGAUUGAUCUGUCGUCUGAUAUGAGUAGAGCAUUCAGGAACAUGCAACAGCAAAAGGACGAACAAAUUAAAUCUUUGGAGUCUCAAGUAUCGGAACUAUUAUCCAAGCUAGAAACGCUACAAAAGACAUAUAACGAGAUGAUGAAAAAACACGAGACGAGCACCUUUGAAAAGGAAACGACGAUCGAAGAUCAGAACGCCAAAAUGUCGUACAUGUCGGCUCAGUUUGAAGCCAUGCUGAAUGAGACAUUGGGCAAGAUCACAAAGAAGCUUGAAGUAGUUAGUGCCAGGUGGCAAGAGGGAGACAGUGUACAUUUGUCUGAUGUCAAUGCCAGAAGACUGGCAGACUUUCAUCUGACGCGUUUGAAUCUUGGAUCGUGA